AUGGAGGCUGCCUGGACAAAGACGGAGGAGCAGGUGCUGGCUCACUGGCAAGUAGAUGCUGCCAAGGGGUUGAGCGAAGCGCAGGUGGUGGAGCGCAGGACAAAGUAUGGAUCCAAUGGUGAGCGCAUCGUGUGAUCUCAGCGGCUCCGCCGAUGCUGCUGGGUUGCUGGGUUUCGAAUGCGCGCAAGCUGAAUGUCUAUGACUGGGCCCGCUUUUCCGCAGAGCUGGAAGACGAGCCUCCCACACCGCUUUGGCAGCUCAUCCUGGAGCAGUUCAAGGACCAGCUCGUCAUUAUCCUUCUCGCGUCCGCCGUCAUCUCAUUCGUCCUUGCACUCGUGGAGCUGGAAGAGAACUCGAGCGUCAUCGCUGCCCUCGUGGAGCCAGCUGUCAUCUUCCUCAUUCUGAUCGCUAAUGCCACUGUGGGCGUGGUGCAAGAGAGGAACGCGGAUCAGGCCAUCGAAGCGCUCAAAGAGUACUCGCCAGACUACACCACCGUCAUUCGAGGUGGCUCAGCUUCCCGCAUCCGUGCUGCAGAUGUCGUGCCCGGCGAUGUCAUCACUGUCAAUGUUGGUGACAAGGUACCUGCGGAUGCCCGAUUGGUCAAGAUUACCUCUUCCUCCUUCCGCGUGGACCAAGCCAUCUUGACUGGCGAGUCUGUGAGCGUGAACAAGUCGCUUGGCGCGGUCAAAGAUGCCAAAGCUGUCAAACAGGAUAUGACGAACAUUCUCUUCAGCGGCACGACUAUUGCCACUGGCUCGGCCACCGCCGUCGUCUUUGCGACCGGCGCGUCCACUGCCAUUGGCGAUAUUCAUGCUGCAAUCAGCGCGGAAGAGGACGAGAAGACGCCGCUGCAGGAGAAGUUGGACGACUUUGGAGACAAGCUGGCAAAGGUCAUCACCAUCAUUUGCAUCCUCGUCUGGGCCAUCAACGUCCGCCACUUCUUCGACCCCUCUCACGGAGGCGCUUUCAAAGGCGCGAUCUACUACUUCAAGAUUGCAGUAGCCCUCGCAGUUGCUGCCAUCCCUGAAGGCCUGGCCGCUGUCAUCACCGCUUGCUUGGCUCUCGGCACUCGAAAGAUGGCAAAGAGGAAUGCCAUCGUGCGCCACUUGCCGAGCGUCGAGACGCUUGGCUCCACCAAUGUCAUCUGCUCGGACAAGACGGGAACUCUGACCACCAAUCAGAUGAGCGUCACACGCUUCGCGGUCCUUUCCUCUGCAGAUGCUGCGGCCGAAUUUGAAGUGGAGGGUACCAGCUUUGCACCCCAGGGUGAGAUCACAUCCAAUGGACGUAGCGUUCGCUCCCUCAACAAGGCUGGAAGUGCUGUCAACGCGUUGGCUGAGGUCUGCGCCGUCUGCAACGAUGCGAACAUUGCCCUCGAGAAAGGCUCUUAUCAAGCGGUCGGUCAGCCGACAGAAGCAAGUCUCAAAGUGCUGGUUGAGAAGCUUGGCUCGCACGACAGCAAGGUCAACCAGCAGAUCGAGAGUCUUUCGCCGCAGCAGCGCACAACCGCUGUAUCUGAUACGUACACCAAAGCUCUGGGUCGCAUCUUGACCCUCGAAUUUGGUCGCGACAGGAAGAGUAUGAGUACGCUGGUCAGACGCGAUGAUGGCGCUGGUGCAUUACUCGUUAAGGGCGCUCCGGAGGCGGUCUUGGACCGCUGCGAGACCGCUCUGCUAUCGGGGGGAUCAGAGGUCAAGCUCACCAAGAAGUCGCGCACUCAGUUGGACCACCUUAUUGGGUCGUACGCCACUCAAGGCCUUCGUGUGCUUGCUCUCGCAACUGUCGAGAAUGCGCCCCUGGACCCAAACGUCUACCGUUCCGACUCGCCCGCAGAGUACGUCAAAUUUGAGCAGCGCAUGCGGUUCGUUGGACUGGUCGGCAUGCUAGACCCUCCUAGACCAGAGGUGCGCACCGCCAUCGCUCGCUGCCGCGCUGCUGGCAUUCGAGUCAUUUGCAUUACUGGAGACAAUAAGGCAACGGCGGAAGCAAUCUGCCGAUCCAUCGGCAUUUUCCGUCAAGACGAAGAGCUGUCUGGCAAGAGCUACACGGGAAGGGAGUUUGAUGAUCUGAGCGAAGAUCAGAAGCGUAGAGCUGUGCUGCGCGCAUCUCUCUUUUCUCGGACAGAGCCCAGUCACAAGAGUAAGCUGGUCGAGCUACUCCAGCAACAAAAUCUCGUCGUUGCCAUGACUGGAGACGGAGUGAAUGACGCACCUGCUCUGAAGAGGGCCGACAUCGGUAUCGCGAUGGGCAAGGGCGGCACAGCAGUCGCCCAAAUGGCAUCCGACAUGGUUCUGGCAGACGAUAAUUUCGCGACGAUUGAGAGUGCCGUCGAAGAAGGCAGAGCCAUCUAUAACAACACGCUCGCGUUCAUUCGAUACCUCAUCUCUUCCAACAUCGGAGAAGUGGCUUCCAUCUUCAUCACCGUCUUGACCGGCUUGCCAGAAGCCUUGAUCCCCGUCCAGCUGCUUUGGGUCAACCUUGUGACGGACGGUCUGCCCGCCACUGCGCUCAGCUUCAACCCACCUGACAAGGGCAUCAUGUCGGUACCGCCCAGAAGACGUUCCGACCCGCUGGUGACUCCUGCAGGGUUCGCUAGAUGGGUGAGUACGAGCGAUCAUUCACAAUGUUCUUGACAGCCGCGCUAAAGUGAGCUGCACCUUGCUGUAUAACAGCUUGCUGUGGGUCUGUACAUUGGAUUUGCUACUUGCGGCGGCUACGCCUGGUGGUACCUCUUCUACGAGAAUGGACCCAGGGUUUCCUGGUAUGAGUUGACCCACUUCCAUCAGUGCAGCACGUUUUCCAUCGGUUGCAAGCCGUUCGAAGAGUCUCGAGCUGCCUCGACCAUCUCGCUCAGUAUUCUGGUCGUAAUCGAGAUGCUCAAUGUGAGUCGCGAAAUGUACUCGUCUCUUGUAUUCUGCGCAAAAUCGCCUCGCACGCGCUGACCGCCCUCCUCCCUUUAUUUUGAUAGGCCGUCAAUGCGCUGUCCGACGCAGACUCUAUUUUGGUCACCAGUCCAUUCUCCAAUCCCUUCCUGAUCGGUGCCAUUGUGCUCAGCCUGUUCUUGCACUAUCUUAUUUGUGCCGUGAGUUGGCACGACCGCGUGGAAGUGCGACUCCUCCACCCUGUUCGCUGACUGCAAGCGCGCCUUCCCUUGCGCAACACUCCGCCUGUAGGUCCCAGUUUUGCAGGACUUGUUCCACGUCCAGGCUCUGACCCAAGCCGAGAUCAAAGCUGUCUUCUAUUUCUCCGCUCCGGUUGUCAUCAUCGAAGAGAUCUGCAAGUUCAUCACCCGAGUCGCGACGCGCCAACAGCGAGAAGCUAGGCAGAAGGAAGAGGCUCGGAUCGAGAAGGAGUUGUCGGCGGAAAAGUGA